UAUGAUUUAUCUGAUUUUAACAAAGUGUCAUUAUACUACUCAUAUAUAAUUUUAAUGCUUUAUUGUGUUGUAUAGAUAUAAUAAUAAUAAUUUUUGUGUUUCGUAAAUCGCUAUAUGGUUUUUCUUUGGCACAUGUUGAUACCACUGCAUUUCUAUAUCUAGGACAUGUUUUCCGCAUAAAGAAAAUUGAAACAGGAAAAAUCCUUUGUUGUGCUUCGCACCGAGACCCAAGUAGUAAGUACGUCUGGCAGUUUGGUUUUUUCUUGGUAAAUCAUCUUUGUCAUGUCAGAUGGUUUGUUACUGAAUCCUGUCUACUCUAACCUUAACUCGUCAUCUAUCUAGCCUAUUUCCUUACAAAUGUCAUGGCCGUAUUUGACGACAUACAACGAUAUGAUGAAGAAAUUGCUUGCACAUCUAUGGAUGAAGCAUACCUGACACACAUUCAAGACCCAAUACUUAUCCGGGGUAUUGGCAAUCUUACAGUUUUUGGGCUGAGUAGCAGAUUCCAAUCAGAUUUCCCAAGUGCCCUGGUGUCACGUGUUGCCCCUGAAGAAUUUGAAGAAACUAUGAGUCGAAUCAAUUCUGUGUUAAAGAAAAGUUUACCAAUGAAUGCUAAAUGGCUGUUUUGUGGUUGCAUGUGCUGUUGCUGUACUCUAGGUUGUUCACUUUGGCCAGUUAUAUGCCUCAGCAAAAGGACUCAACAUAGUUUAAAUAAAUUACUUGAUUGGGAAAAUAACCAUCUGUAUCAUAAAAUUGGUUUGCAUUGGAGAUUAAAUAAACAAAGAGUAGAUACUUCUUCAAUAACAGAAUAUCAAGAUUUACGGGGAUAACUUUUGAAAAAACGUUAAAUGGUACUUUUGGUGGAAUUUAUUCCAAAAAUACCAAUUUACAAACCAGACUAAAUUAAUACUCAACGGACUUAAUAAAUUGUGUAUUCUCAAUUAUUUUGGAACUUCAAUAUUCGAAUAAGGCCACCAUGUGCAUAAACCUAUAAAAAAAAAUUAUCCAACUUCAAUUUACCGGGUACUAUUUUGGACAAUUGGUUGGUAUUUCAUCUCCUUGAAACUAUACACAAAUAAUCUAAAUUUUGCUCAAAAAAAAAAAAAAAAACAUGAAUAAAACAAUACAAAAGAUUGAAAUUGAAUUAGUUUUUAUUGUAGUUUAUUAGUUUUAAAUACAACAAUGAGUAAUUUAUUUCAAGAUCAAUGAAUUUAAAUAUGUAUGUACUUAUAUAUACAUAUAAAUUUGAGGCUUUUGUAGUCUUUCUUUAAUCUUAAAGUUGUAUUUUUUUUCAUUAUGUGAUAUGAAUCUUUGUGAUACCCUCGUCGGGUACUUAAUAAUGUGCUUUCUCGUUUCUUGUUAUUUUUGACAUGUUAAUUUUUUGCAUUAUCAAUUAUAUCAUUUACGUUUAGGAUUUAAGUCCCAUUAUCAGAUGUCAAUUAGACGAACAAAUUUAAACAAUUGUUUAGGCCAGUUUAUGUUAAUUCAACUUAGUACUUAAAAAUUAUAUAUAUUUAUCUUUUUUUUUUUUAUGUAUAUAUUUAUAAUUGUAAAUUUAUAUUUCUUACAUGACAGCAUCACCUAAAACUACUUUAUCCCUAUAUAAAUGAUAGUGUUUAUUGAACAAAUUACUGAUAAGUUAAAUUAUAUGAUUUUUCUUUCUGUUAAAGUAUCCGACAUCAAUGCUUCCAAAACAUAGCAUUUUGAGGCUUAAUUCUUAAAUAAUAUUACGUGUAUAAAAUUAUAAAUAUUUUG